AUGAGUGUUGAAUCAGGCGGUUGGCAACGAGUGGAUGCCGUUAUUUCUUCAUCGUUUUACAAAGUACCUUCCUCGUCAAUCAAGAUCGAUGAUGUCAUUAUGCUUGGUGGCUCCACUUGCAAGGUUAUCAAAAUCACAGACUUCCAGGGAUGGCCUCGCUUUGAUGGUAUUGAUAUUUUUCUUGGGUCAUACGAGAGUCAGCGCACUUAUUUCAACAAUCCAAGCCAAGGAGAAACCUUCAUGUACAUGCUAGCCCCAGUCUUGGAGUACUAUCAAGUUGCAGACGUUGAACAUGGCGUGGUCAACGUUCUGAAUAAAGAGACUGGUGUUAAGGAAACCCUUCGUGUUCUGAACAUCCCGAAUUUGUCGAAAAACAUCGUGGAAACCUUUAAUUCGACGGAAAGUCCUGUUUGGGUUGGGACUGUUAGACAGGGCAGAAUUUUUAUUGUGGCUUUCGAUACAAAGGAGAGACCGGAAAAUUAG